AUGGCGGACGACGUUCUUGCUACGAAAAGGGCGCGCGUCGUUUUUAGCAGUUCUGAAGAAUUUGACCAGCGGGAAAUCACCAAUGACUCCACCUUAUCUAAAUAUCCAGAACCAGGACAACAAGCAGUCAGCACCUCUUCAGCUCUUGCUGCAGGCAUUAGAGCUGGCAACAUUAACAUCAGUGAUGGUGCCACGUUUGAUCUAGCUCUUGCGUCAGAAACAAGGCAACAAGAACUACUUGCAGAGUUUGAGAGACGCAAAAAAGCACGAGCCAUUGCUGUGCCUACUGAUGAUGCUGAAAUAAAGUCACGUCUUAGGCAGUUGGGAUAUACCAUAGGUUUGUUUGGUGAAGGCCCAGCUGAUCGAAGAGAGAGACUAAGGCAGCUGAUAUCAGAACAAGCAAAUGAGGAAUUGAAGUGGCCUAAAGAAGAAGACAGGCGGCUUGAUGAAAAGGAAUCAGAGGAAGUGUGGUAUCAUGAGAGCAGCCAAGCACUCAGACAAGUGAGAUUUUGGAUAGCAGAAUACUCACUGCCAAAGGCUAGAGAUAGGCUGAAAGCUGCACGUAUUGCCAGAGCACGUCCUAAUCCAGAGAAAGCUUCAGCAACACAGGAUCUGCAUCAAAGUCUUAGGACGUUUAAUAAUCACUGCAGUCAAGUUGGCGAUGAUCGACCAAUUGCUGUCUGCAGGUUUUCACCGGACUCAAAGCUAUUAGCUACUGGCUCUUGGAGUGGACUAUGUAAGCUGUGGUCAGUGCCUGACUGUGAGCAAAUUAGAGUGCUAAGAGGUCACGAUGGACAUGUUGGAGGAAUUGCAUUUCAUCCUCAAGCUACACUGACUUUAGAUUCUAGUGCUGCAUGUUUAGCUUCGGGUGCAACUGACGGAACUAUACAUCUAUGGUCAUUGGAAAGUGAGACUCCUGUUAGUAUUCUGGACUGUGAAACAGAUAGAGUAGCAAGACUAGCAUACCAUCCUUCAGGGAGAUUUAUUGGAGCUGCUUGUUUUGAUUGUUCUUGGAGACUAUGGGAUUUAUCAUCCGAAAGAGAGGUUUUGCAUCAGGAAGGUCACAGUCGCUCAGUGUAUUCAAUUGCAUUUCAGAAUGAUGGAGCUCUUGUUGCAUCAGGUGGUUUGGAUGCCAUGGCAUAUGUGUGGGACUUGCGUACUGGGAAGUGUAUUAUUCCACUGGAAGGACAUCUCAAGGGUGUACUGACUGUUGCAUUUGCUCCAGACUCAUACAGCCUUGCAACAGGAAGUGAAGACCAUUCAGUAAAAUUGUGGGAUCUCCGGAAGCAUCGAUGUGUUUACACUGUUCCUGCUCACACCAACUUGGUGUCACAUGUCAAAUUCCAAAGUGGACAAGGCAAAUACCUAGUAACGUCUUCGUAUGACAACACUGCAAAGAUCUGGUCUCACCCGGGCUGGUCUCCAUUGAAAACACUGGCUGGACAUGAAAGUAAGGUGAUGUGCAUUGACAUAUCCCUCGAUGAGAAAUUCAUUGUAACAGCAUCGUACGAUCGAACUUUCAAACUGUGGGCACCAAAUACAAAAUAGACUGUUGCUGCUUGACUUAGUCUGUAAGAACUUUAUAAUUCACUUGUAUUGUAAUCGUUCUUCUUGUUGUACGUCAAAUUAACAUUGUCCAUCCUUCUAUGCAAAACUGACCAUUACAAACUACAUGUCU